AUGUCAGAGUUGGGACCGCUAGACAACGAUGGCGAUGGUGAGGACGCCUGGCUAGGUGCUAGAUUUUCAGGCUUAGUAGUUUCUGUUUCUGGGUUUCCGGGGGAGAUAGCUGAUUUAACGUCAUCCAAAUAUCCGCCAACGACUCCAGACAAUGCCAAGCCCUCCUCUGAAAAUGAAAAAUAUGUGUACAUGCUUGAGGAGAUCGGCGAGAGGAUCGGAAUGCAUCACCAAAGUCAUUUGCAAACACUCGUGUCUUUUUUGUACAUACUCAUGAAGACAAAAUUGAAAUUUGGCAAAUGCACAACCGUGCUCGAGGAAUUUUACAAUGGGAGCGUACACACAAAGCAAUUGUUCCGAUCUGCUAUGAAGAGCAGAAAAAACCGUCUUUUUGAUUGCUCGGAUCUAAAAGAAGCUUUGAUCAAUACGGCAAAUAUGAUCAAACAAUUACAGGAUGAGGAUAAUAAUAAUGGUAAAGUACAUGGUUCUCUGGCCCGUGCAGGUAAAGUAAAAUCUCAAACUGCAAAGGUUGAAAAACAAGAAACAAGAAACAAAAGACCGGAAGAGGUGCGGUCUAUAGCAGAAGAUUUGUUAACGUUACUCUUACCGGUGGCAAGAGAGGAUGAACCCUGCUCCAACAAGUGA